CUUAGGUAAAAGUAUCUGAUGAGGAGACGACAGAUGAUGUUGAUGACGACUCGUGGAGGGAACGGCCAAAAAAAGAAUGUUUUGCACUGUGUAUGGGAGGGGGAUCGGGAGGGGGGUCCAGGCACCAAACCCCCGAGGAAAGAUCACACCCAGCUGUAUUGUGGCUGAUCCAGCAAGCGAUUAACAGAACCAGCAGAGGGCGCCACGUUCACACAUGUUUACUCCUCCUUCAGCUCAGUGUGCCAGAGUUUGUCAUGAUGGAGAAGGAUGUUUCCGGUUCAUCCUAAUCCUAACUGAUAGAUUACUUUUUCUGAAUCCCAGAAAACUGUUGCCAGAACUUUUAACUAGAACUUUUUUAACUGACUUCUAUUGAACUCCAAAAUUGGCUUCUCCUCUUGGUUCCAAUUCUCUUGAUUGAUGGAUUGAUUGACUGGUGAGUGCAGUGGUCAGAAAUGACAAGACAGAACCAUGUGAGAACCAUGUGAGAACCAUGUUUUUUUUCAGUUCCAGUGGUGACGGGAUCGACCUUUUCAUCACAUUCUCCACCAGUUCCACUCCUGGGUCUUUUUUUUUUUUUUUUUUUUUUUUUUUUUUGCUGUGGACGCCUUCCCUUCCAGAGGGUGGUCAUGGAGCUCUCUCCGACCCUCAUCAUAAGUCGGUUCCAUAGUGUAGCGGUUAGCAAGCCUGCCUUGGAAGCAGAGCGAGGGGUUCGAUUCCCAGAGGAACCACAUGCUUGAAGCGUCUGCUAAAUGAACAAAUGUCAAGUUACUUCAUCCCAGGACAGACGGCAGCUGUGUUUGGUGAGGAGUUGAACUACUGAUGAGCAGACCGACAGACAGAGGCAGAUCUCUGAUUAGGUCUGGUUUGUGGUGGAUAUGUCACAGAGAGGCCCCGCCCUCUUCCAGAUGUGGUCGCACGAACACCCACGCGCACGCACGUACACACUGAGACAGUGCGCAGAGCCGCAGUCAGUCAGCAGUAAGGUGCGGGGACAUUGAUACCAGUGAAGACGUGUCUCUGCAGCAGCAGUGUUUUUCUUCUGCUUGGUCGAACCAGUGGAACCGUUCGGUCACAGACUGAGACCCGGAUGGUGUUGGAUUUCUUCGGUCUCACCUGAGCAGCCGCAGACAAGAGCAGUGAGGACGGAGUUGAUCGACUCCUGUAACAGAACAACGCGGUUUUUUUUGUUUGUUUUUUGUUUUUUGGUUGGUGGUCGGUGAAGAAAUGGAGAUGUGAGCGUUUCCACCUGCGCCACCUUGGAGGAGCGUGAUGCUGGUUUCAGAUGGAGAGGAGGAAACUGCCGGGGGGGCUCUACAGUGAGACGGCCGCUCGUAUUUGGGUGUGAGGCUGCAGCAGCAGAGGUUUUCUCUCCUCUCCUCACCUCCUCCUUCUCCCACCUCCAAAAUGACUUCACUGUCUGGGAACAAGGACAGGUCCGUGAGCAGCCGCAGCAGAAAACAUGGGGUACCUGAACUUUCACCCACCAAGUCUGCCUUCUUCUUUCCUGACACUUGGUACCGAAAGGCCUACGAGGAAACUUCAAGGUCAAAUAUGCGUCCCAACCCAGAGGGCGCUGGUUCUAUGCCGAGCUCCACAGGCACCCCGUCCCCAGGCUCGGGAAUCUCCUCACCGGGAUCCUUCUCUGGGUCACUGGGAACAGUAUCUCCAGGGAUAGAGACAGGAUCCCCCGGUUCUCUGGGUGGCUCUCCGGGUUUCGGCACCGGAUCACCAGCCUCAGGCAGUGGCAGUUCUCCCUGCAGUGACAGAGGAAUGUUGUGUGAGAACUGUAAUGUCCGACUGACAGAGAUGAAAAGACAAGCCCUGAAGCUGCUCCUCCCUGGGCCGUACUCCAGCAAGGAUCCCUCCUUCUCCCUACACCUCCACGACAAGCUCCAGGUGCCCAACAGUUCUCGGCAGGCCUGGAACGAGCGUGACAGCUGCUGUGAUGUGUGCGGUACUCACCUGACUCAGCUGAAACAGGAAGCCGUCUGCAUGGCCCUCCCUCUGGAGCAGUGGGACUUGUCUCCCACUUCCUCCCCCACAACUUUAUUUCAACGAUAUGUAUCACAACCGCCUCCAGGUGUCCAGGAAGUUCAGGGAGGUCCUGAGCCAGUGGACUGUGCUACUACUACUGCCCCCCCCUCACAUCCAACGCUCCACUCAACCCAAAGAGCUUCUGCCAGUCCGAACAAGUCUCCAAAUCCCAGUCCGAGCCACAGACCGUACCACCUAAGCCACAGAAGUCCCUCGGGGGGGCAAACGUCCAGUGGUGUCCCUUCAAACAAGCAACCUCAGAAGGCAGGACACAGACUGGGGUCCAAGCCCAGUUUCCUGGGUCUUGGAGGUGGCGACAGAAGGAACGGGUCUCCCGGUUCAGGGAAAGCAGCUGAUUCUCAACAGCAACCAGUGAGUGGACCACACACCUCCAGCAGUACCAGCGGUCACAGUAGUACUAGUGGUACAGCAGAACCUCUGCAGACCAUUCAGCUGAACAGAACUGAAGGAGGAGUUUCCCUUGAUCCAAACCAGAUCUGUCUGUCCACUUCUGAGGUCUCCAGGGAAGGACAGACGGACACGGCCUCAACCCGCCCCACCACUAACUCUCCGGCCCGCUCCACUUCUCCCUCACACGGCGGUCAGGCUGCGACCACCACGACACAUACGGCCACCUCAGCUGCUGCCUCCUUCUUUGCCAGAGCUGCUCAGAAGCUAAGCUUAGCUUCAAAGAAAAAGAAGCAGAAAGCUGCUCUGGCCACAGCUCCAGUGGCAUCAACACCGUCCUCCUCCAACCCCCCCCUGUUUGCUACAAACUUCAGCUCCGCUCUUGUGCUGACACCCCCGCCAGCUCCGCCCUGCCUUCUCCGUGCAGCCAAUAAAAUAAAAGACACUCCUGGACUUGGAAAGGUUAAAGUGAUGGUGCGUGUGUGUCCGGUGUCACAGCUGGAGGCAGCAGAGUCCAGCUCUUUCCUCAAAGUUGAUCCUAGAAAGAAACAAAUUAUGAUCAUGGACCCAUCAGCCAAUCAAACACAGGCUUCCCAGAAAAGGGCAGGAGCCAAUCAGGUGUCUCCAAAGAUGUUCACAUUUGAUGCUGCAUUUCCUCCUGAUGCUUCACAGGUGGAGGUGUGCGCUGGAACUGUUGCUGAAGUCAUUCAGUCGGUUGUGAACGGAGCUGAUGGCUGUGUCUUCUGCUUCGGACACUCCAAGUUAGGUAAAUCCUACACCAUGAUUGGCCGUGACGACUCUCUCCAGACUCUGGGUGUGAUUCCCUGCGCCAUCUCCUGGUUGUUCAAACUCAUCAAUGAGCGCAGGGAGAAAACUGGAGCUCGUUUCUCUGUUCGAGUCUCUGCGGUGGAGGUGUGGGGAAGAGAUGAGAACCUGAAGGACUUGCUGUCUGAAGUGGCUACAGGCAACAUCCAGGAGGGACAGUCACCAGGGGUGUAUCUGUUCGAGGACCCCAUCUGUGGUAUGCAGCUCCAGAACCAGUCUGAACUGCGAGCUCCGACCCCAGAAAAAGCAGGUUGGUAUCUGGACGCUGCCAUAGCUGCUCGCCACAACAGCCGCCAUCCCGACACAACAGAAGAAGAACACAGGAACUCACACAUGCUCUUCACUCUGCACCUGUACCAGUACCGCAUGGACAAGACGGGCAAAGGAGGAAUGUCUGGAGGUCGCAGUCGCCUCCACCUGCUGGACCUGGGCAGCUGUGACGCCAAAGCCCUUCCUGGAGGUGGGAGGAGCCGGGAGAACUCCUCACACUCUGCCCCUCUCUGCCUGUCUUUAUCUGCCCUGGGAAAUGUGAUCCUGGCCCUGGUCAACGGGAGCAAACACAUCCCAUACAAGGAGAGCAAACUCACCAUGUUGCUCAGGGAGUCUCUGGGUAACAUGAACUGUCGGACCACCAUGAUCGCCCACAUCUCAGCCUCUCCUAAAGACUUCUCUGAGACACUCUCCACGGUCCAGAUCGCUUCUCGAGUUCUGCGCAUGAAAAAGAAAAAGUCUAAAGUCACUGUGCAGUACACCUCCAGCUCCUCUGGAGGAGAGAGCUCGUGUGAGGAGGGCCACAUGCGCCGUCCCACUCAGCUGCGUCCUUUCCAUCACUGUGGCGGCGCCGACUCUGACCUGCUCCUGCUGCUGCCCAGUGACCCUGAUGAGUACUCCAGCAGCGAGCACUCAUGUGAUACCGUGAUCUACGUGGGCUCCAAUGGGGGGGCGGUGUCAGACAGGGAGCUGACAGACAAUGAAGGGCCACCGGAAUUCGUACCCAUUAUUCCCACUCUGCCUCAAAAAGUGUCGGAGCAGCAGGAGCAACAGGAGCAACAGGAGCAGCAGGAGCAGCAGGAGCAGAGGCUGGAGCAGGUGCAGUGCCAGCAGGAGGCUCCUCCUGAGCUGAGCGCUCCUCCUCACCAGGCCCAGCUGGCUCCUGUCCAAGAGGAGGGAGCAGAGUGUCUGAAGUGCAACACAUUUGCAGAGCUGCAGGAGAGACUGGACUGCAUCGACGGCAGUGAGGAGGUAGUAACAUUUCCCUUUGAAGAAGUUCCAGCCGACAGACGGACCAGGAGACAGGAACCGUGUCUGUCGUAUUCUCUGUCUACGUUGACGUCUGUUGUUCCUGCCGCCGCUGCCAUGAUGGACAUUGACACUAAAACAGUUUCUAAAGGUAAGACCAACGAUCCACAGCUGCAGGAAAUCAAGGAGGUGCUGGAGGAGGCGGUUCUGGCCCAGACCAUGCUCCACAGCCUGGCCCAGAUGUCUGGCUCUUCUAUGGUCACCUGCAGCAGUGUGACAGGUCACAGCGGCAGCAGCAGUGUCUUCUACGGUGUCACAGAUCACAGCAGCUGUGAAACUAACACUGAUGCAAAGACUCGUCUGAUGGGAUCGCCACGCCUCGGCAUCGCCAGCCUGUCCAAGACCACGGACUACAGGCCUCCGUCGUCUCCAUCCCAACGAUGUAAAGUGUUCACACAGAAGAGUGUGCUGCAAACAACAACAGCGACCCAGCAGCCUCUGCCUGAUGAUGCCGUGACCUCUGACAGCGGUGUGGCUGCAGACAGCGGCCGUUCCUCCACGGAGUCUCUCUUGUCCAGAAUCUCUCCACUGAGCGCCCACCCACCGGGCCACGACCCCACUCCGUCUCUGUCAGUCAGUCUGGGUUCUGCAGAGACACUCUGUGUCCAUGAUGUGUCAACCUGUGGUUCGCCCAACUCUUCCUCGGUCAGUGGCGUGAGCACAGGCUUAGAAAACACAGGAGACCCAAUAAGAGGGAGUCUGAAGGAGGAGGUGGUGCUGAAGGAGGACAGUCCCAGGAGAACGCCUCUCGCCAUGGUUCAUGCUGGACCACCAAACACUGAAAAACUCAUCCUAAUCCAGAAACAAAUUCUUUUUCCAUCGACUUCAGCUACUGCUCCUGGUGAGCCGAGCUUUGAAAACCCAUGGUUGAAGCGUGGAACGUUGGAGGGUUCUGGAGAGAAGAGGGAUUCUCACAGAGAGGGUGGCAGCACAGGUUCAUCACCAGACGUCCUGAAGAGAGUGGUGGACGGCUGUGAGAUGGUCGCCAUGGUUUCCCAGGGAGAGUCUCUGAAUUUGUACAACCUGGACGUCCACCGCACGGCCAGUCUCCCUCGGGGAUGGCACUGCCUCAACCUUCACGAUGGUUUAGAUAAGAGGAGCGAGUACUGUCAACUCAGCAGUACUUCAUCGACCCCCUCCAGCCCCCGUGCCACUCUGGACCGUCGGGGGUCAACUUUAAGGCAGGGAUUCUUUUCUUACAAGAAGAAUGGCCUUCCACCUGCUCCACCAGUCAGGAAGUCCAGUCUGGAGCAGCAGAGCAGAGCGGCCAGCCCUCCCCAUCACGGAGACGAAGGCGUGACGUCUGGAUGCGUCCAGACAAACGCGGGCAGGCGAGGCUUCAACGUAGACAGCGGUCGACUCUUCAGCGCCAGAUUAGAGCAGCUGGCCAACAGAACUCACUCACUGGGUCGGGUGCAGAGGUCCAACAACAGUUCCUAUCACUACGACUGCUUGUCCCUGGAGAGGGGUGAGAGUCUCAGAGGGGGAGGAGGAGUCAGGGGGGACAGCACCAUGCCUCGAGCAGGCCACAAUCUCUCCCGUGCCGGUUCGCUGUCGUCCUCUGGGGCGAACACACACCACCAGGCGUUCAGGGCCGGCUCUGGUUCGAGCAGUGCUCCUCAGUCACCGGCACACAGCAGCAGUCAGUCCAGGUUGUCAGCGGUCAGUAAGCUGCUGCUGAGCAGCAGUCCAAAAGGACGCAGUCUGUCCACCUCCAGCAGCAAGGCCCCGAGUUUGUCCAACAAGUCUCUGAGUCAGACGGCCGGCCGCAGCUCCAGUGGAAAACUCCAAAGCUCCGCCCACAGUCUGCAGCAGCAGCAGCAGCAGGGUCCAGCUUCAGGGUCCUGGUCCACCCAGUCUCUGAGCCGCCUUCGAGGGGGGAGUCUGGCAGCCAAGCUGCCACUGCGGGCGGUCAACGGCCGUAUCUCAGAGCUCCUCCAGGGGAGUGCAGGCUCACGUUCCAGGAGUCACGCCCAGGGAGGAGGUGCUGAUGCUGGAGAUGAAAAAGUCAUCGGAACGUUAAGUGGAGAUGCAGCAGCAGCAGCAGGAAGCAUCAGCAGUGAGGACAGAGCAGCAGCAGUGGUCCAAACACUGCCCCCCUCCCCCUACAGUAAGAUCACUGCUCCCAGGAAACCACACAGGUGCAGCAGUGGACACGCCAGUGACAACAGCAGUGUACUGAGUGGAGAACUGCCCCCUGCCAUGGGGAAAACUGCCCUGUUCUACCACAGUGGAGGCAGCAGUGGCUACGAGAGCAUGGUGAGAGACAGCAGUGAGAACACAGGGAGCACCUCCUCCACCCAGGACUCCCUCAGUGAGGACAGCACGGCCACCACCUCCUCCAGACGCAGCUCAAAGAACAGCAAGAAGAGCAGGAGCAGCACAGGUCUCCAGCGCCGUCGUCUCAUCCCAGCCCUAACCCUAGACACCUCUUCCUCCUCCUCGUCCUCCUCCUCACCCUCUCAUCGCUCAGCAAAACAAGCCAUCACUUCGUCUUCUUCGUCCUCUUCCUCCAGCCAAGGUGCCUGCUGGGUAGAUGGACCGCUUGGGCUCCAACCCCCACCCACCAGCCUGCGAGUCACCGCUGACACAACAGAGAACUUUGAGAUCAAGGUUUACAAGAUCGAUGAUGUGGAGCGCCUGCAGAGGAGGAGAGACAGACGGGUGAGCAAGGAGGUGGUGCACCAGCCCAGUGCCAGGCUGCGUUUGCUGGAGCAUCGCCAGCAGAGAAUCAGUGACCUGAGGGCCAAGUACCAGUGUCUGAAGAAGGAACUGGAACUAACCAAACAGCACCUGAUGCUGGAGGAGCAGACAUGGACCAGUGAGUUCCAGCUGCAGCAGGUCCAUGAAGUGGACUCUCUGGAGUAUUUGGAAGCCCUGGAAACACUGACGUACAAACUGGAGACAAGAGUCAACUUCUGCAAAGCUCACCUGAUGAUGGUCACCUGCUUUGACGUGUCCUCCAAACACUGAUAGAGAGACAGGAACCGCACUGGUCCUCCUGCAGACUGACUUCAGGUCAGGGCUCGCUCAGAAGUCCACAGCUGUCUGAUCAAAGACACCGAGUUCUGGACCUGAACAAAGAUCAGCCGGGUGUUUACAUUUACUCCACUCCUCAGUUUGUGCAACAUUUUUCAAGUAUUUAAAGCAGAUGAGUGGAUAAAACAAUUCUCAACAACAUUAAACCUCUGGGUCGCUGACCUCAGUCAAGGCCCAGCAACUGCCAGUGUACGAAUCUCCUCCUGUAUUGGAGGGGAGAUUUAGCCAGAACAGUAAAUGAGUUUGUCGCCUAAAACCUUAAGUUAUUAAGACAUUUUAAAAAACCUUAAAUGAAAAACAAAAAUAAAUAUUUUAAACCGAUGGAGGACAAAGAAGUGGAAGUGAGAAACAACCUUCAGCUUCUCACAAACACAGACUGAAGAUCCAUCGACCAUGACGUCAGAGCGAUGACAUCAUCGACAUUGACAUCAGAGCGAUGACGUCCAGCUGAGGAAGAAGAACUCAGUUAAAUAAGUGCCUUGUUAUCUACCAAAAAACGUUCUUUUUUAAAGGUGUACAUACGUGAUCUUGGUGCUAGACUAAAAAAAACUAAAGGUUUUCCUGAAUGUGUUGUUUGCUGUCAGUCAGUGUUUCUCUCCAAACCAGCCAACAGGGGGAGCAGACCAAACUCCAUGUGAUUGUAUUCUUUCGUCAUGUUGUGUCUCCACAGUCGGAAUAAGCAUGUGACCUGUCGUGUAGUACAGUGUGUGGAACGUUCUCUCUUUUCUCACAGGAUUUAAGGCAGAAAUAAAAGACAUUUUUGAUGUUAGCUGAUGCUAACCUGUUCACUCAUGCUAACACUUGUCUUUUUUUAUGUGCUGCCUUUUAACUGUAGCUAUGAAUGUCAGUGUGAAUGGUUGUUAUGUCCUUCAGUAAAAUACAACCACUGUAACACUGUAAGAAAAAAGUUGAAAAGGAAUUUAUUCAAAAGCCUCCUGU